CUUAUUACAGUUACAGGUCAAACCUUUUUGCGGAUCCUACUACACUCUACAGGGAUUCUCGUUCGUUGGCCGUCCUCUCAAAGCGUUCGAUAAUUCGAGUGCCAUGCUCAAUCUAGCUGAAUAUCCUACACAGUCAAGGUGCCGCGGAAUCUUCCGCCAGACCAUUCCAUUCAAAACCCCUCUAACCCGAUUCCAAUCGCCCUCAACUGCAGUGACCCGACCCACUUCCUGCCCUCUUCAGUGGAAAUCACGAACUGGAUUGUGCUCAAACGCCUUAAACAAUCAACGGGGAGCUGGAAGUCAUCUUCUCGAAACGAAGAAUAUCGAUGACGCCUAUGGUUUCGACGACUACAAUGGUGAUGAUGAGGAUGAGGACGAGGAUGGCGAGUUUGUUCCUGUGAGGAAUAUGAAUGACUGGGUUGAUACUAAACCUCGAGGGUUCGGGGAAGGGAAGACGUACGAUACUUCGGUUGAAGAGAAGCUGAUGAAAGAGAUUGAGCAGAGUAGGAGAGCGCAGCUUGUUAAUGUCAACAAGCUGAAGAACAAUCCUGUAAAUCCAGGUUCCAAGAAAAUUCAGACCCACCAAGAAGAAGCAUCAACCCACCCUCGUGUACGCUUGAUCAACCUUCCUAAGAAAAGGAACAUCCACAGAGAUCUAAAUCUGGCUUUCAAAGGAUUCCCUGGAAUUGUUGACAUAGUCCCACUCGUUUCUGGAAAUCGUAAGACCAGGGACCCUAUUUGCAAAGGCAUUGCUCUCAUUUAUUUUAAGUCUGAAGAUGGAGCACAGAGAUUUGUAGAAGCUUUCUCAGGGAAGACAAUAGAUUUUGGUAAGGUUCAGAAGCAUAUAAAAUGUGAGACCGUAUCCGGCCCCUCCAGUCCCAAAAACUUACAAUUAGCAGAUGAAAGUAGUCAUGAUGAUUCUGAUAUCUCAGAAACCGAUUCCGAUGGAGAAGUUUCUGUAACUUUUAACUUGUGCGACAAACAGAUUAGUGCAAGUGAAGAAGGGGUUGGAAGCAAAUUUUCCUUGUCUGCUAUUCAUCAAAAGAAAAUAGAAGUAAAUGAGAAGAAGAAGAAAAGAGCUAAACUAAAUAAAGAGAAGUCUCCAAAGUUAAACAUUCCCGGAUCUGCUAGGAGGCUAAAGAUCAAAGAGAAAGCUCAGCUUACUGGAGUUCUCUCCAAAUAUGGAUCAAACGCUCCUGCAUGAUGGACAGCAUGAAGCAAUUAUCAAUUAUCUUACUAACCUCUAUAAAGUACUAAACCACCCGAACCAUCACCAAAUCUGUAGUUGGUUUCAUUAGUGUGCCUUUGUUGUAUCAUAAUCAAUAUCUAAGGGCUUGUUUGGUUCGAGGUUUCGGAGGGAAAGGGAAGAUAAUUUUUUAUCUUGCUGAUUUAUUUGUCUUCUAGUUUUAAACUUGAAAUAAUUACAUGAUUAAUUAGAUCAUGUGUUUCUUUAUAGUUUUAUCUUCACUUUUUUUUUCAAACGAUUCAAUGUAUCAGUCAAAUAAGUUUGCCAUUUUAAUCUAAGUUGAUCAUUACCCCAAAU